ACGAUGAGGCACACUGAAGGCAGCCUUGUCAGUCUGAAAGCAUUAAGCGAAGCUAUCUUCCAUCGGCAUUGCUGUGGAGAUGACGAAUUUCUUUUCCCCACUGUGUCGUCAACAAAAGGAUCAUGUGCAAGGAGUUUGUGAUAUAUGGGUUUGGAUUUCCGUUAAAUAAGCAACCGGAUCCCGCAGCAUUCUGCUGGCCAGCGUGUGUCUUUUAUUUCUUUUCUUUCCCUCCUCUUUUUCUCAUUCUUGUAUCCACCUUUGUCUCAUAUCCCCAUCUUCUGUCUAAACCUCCCCUGCUCUUGCAUCGUGGCCCGCAGUUACGGCAGCCACGAUUUCGACCCCUUUCCCCUGUAACCCGGCCAUUCCGGCAAGGGUACGGCCUUUUUGUGUUCUGCAAUCCCAGCGUCGCAUCUUGUAUAGGUUGGCGGAUUCAUUUCGUGUAUGGACUGUUAGGCAAUAUUUUCAUUUAACUAUAUUUGAACGGAGAAUGGAGGAUAGGCGUUUACAUUAGUGCUGAUAAUGCUAUUUAGCAAUAACUAUGCUAGUGAAAUAUUUAUACCCAUACUUAGGGGAUAGAGCGAUUGUAAUCCAUUGUUAAAGGAUAAGU